CGCGCGUAUAUGGGUGUUUUUUUUGGGCCGGGAGCGGAGCGGGAGGGACGGAACCGCACGGCGGACCCGGACGCACAGCCCGCAGCGGCGCCCGUCGGGAGCGGAGCCCAGCCGAGCCACGGGGACGAUUGCGCCAGUAAUUGGAUUUUAAAAGUUACUUAAGCCCUGGAGUAAAAGACACGGCUCAGCCGGGCGCGGUAAUAAUCCGUUUAGCCGUAACCUAAAUCGCCGGAGCCGCGCAGGCGGGCGGCGAGCAGCGCCUCCGCCCCGCCGCGGGACCCUGCGGGAGCCGGCUAGAGCCGCCGGGCUCCGCACGCCUCUCCUGCCUCACCUCUCCUGCCUCGCCGCCGCCGCCUUCUCCGGCAGAGGCAGCUCCGGAAACUUUCGCCGGGGGAGCCGCCGCCGCGCUGCGAGCGCCACCCGCCCAAGCCCGGGAAGAGUCGCGGCGGUCCGGCGGGGGCCGCGCUCCUUGCGGAGCCGCCGCCGCGCCCCCGCCCCGCGGAAGGGUCCCCGCCGAUGCCCCUGGGGCGCCGCGCCGCCCGGCUCUGAAGGGCUCCCCGCGGCUGCCCGGGCCCCGGCCAUGCGGGCCGGAGCAGAAGGCGGCGGAGCGGCCGCCGGCGGCUGCCCCUGGCUGGGCCUGGCCGCGCUGCUGGCCGCCCUGCUGGGCACCCCGGCUGGAGCCGCGGCGCAGCCGUACCACGGCGAGAAGGGCAUCUCCGUGCCGGACCACGGCUUCUGCCAGCCCAUCUCCAUCCCGCUCUGCACAGAUAUCGCCUACAACCAGACCAUCCUGCCCAACCUGCUGGGCCACACCAACCAGGAGGACGCGGGGCUGGAGGUGCACCAGUUCUACCCGCUGGUCAAGGUGCAGUGCUCGGCCGAGCUCAAGUUCUUCCUGUGCUCCAUGUACGCGCCGGUGUGCACGGUGCUGGAGCAGGCCAUCCCGCCCUGCCGCUCCCUCUGCGAGCGGGCCCGCCAGGGCUGCGAGGCCCUCAUGAACAAGUUCGGCUUCCAGUGGCCAGAGCGGCUCCGCUGCGAGAACUUCCCCGUCCACGGCGCGGGUGAGAUCUGCGUGGGGCAGAACACGUCGGACGCCCCUCCGGGGCCUGGCGGCGCGGCGGGCAGGGGGGCCACUGCCCACCCCACGGCCGGCUACCUUCCCGACUUCCUCACCCCGCCGCAGCCCCCCUCCGGCUUCUCCUUCUCCUGCCCCCGGCAGCUCAAAGUGCCCCCGUACUUGGGCUACCGGUUCCUGGGGGAGCGGGACUGCGGGGCCCCCUGCGAGCCAGCCCGGCCCAAUGGGCUGAUGUACUUCAAGGAGGCGGAGGUGCGAUUUGCCCGGCUGUGGGUGGGUGUGUGGUCCGUGCUCUGCUGCGCUUCCACCCUCUUCACCGUGCUCACCUACCUGGUGGACAUGCGCCGCUUCAGCUACCCGGAGCGGCCCAUCAUCUUCCUCUCGGGCUGCUACUUCAUGGUGGCGGUGGCCUACGCGGCGGGGUUCUUGCUGGAGGAGCGGGUGGUGUGUCUGGAGCGCUUCUCUGAGGACGGCUACCGCACCGUGGCCCAAGGCACCAAGAAAGAAGGCUGCACCAUCCUCUUCAUGAUCCUCUACUUCUUCGGCAUGGCCAGCUCCAUCUGGUGGGUCAUCCUGUCCCUCACCUGGUUCCUGGCCGCGGGCAUGAAGUGGGGCCACGAGGCCAUCGAGGCCAACUCCCAGUAUUUCCACCUGGCAGCCUGGGCCGUGCCUGCCGUCAAAACCAUCACCAUCUUGGCCAUGGGGCAGGUGGACGGGGACGUGCUCAGUGGGGUGUGUUACGUGGGUAUCUACAGCGUGGACUCACUGCGGGGCUUCGUGCUGGCGCCCUUGUUUGUGUACCUCUUCAUCGGCACCUCCUUCUUGCUUGCUGGCUUUGUGUCCUUGUUUCGCAUCCGCACCAUCAUGAAGCAUGACGGCACCAAGACGGAGAAACUGGAGAAGCUGAUGGUGCGCAUCGGUGUCUUUAGUGUCCUCUACACAGUCCCUGCCACCAUUGUCCUGGCGUGUUACUUCUACGAGCAGGCGUUCCGUGGCACCUGGGAGAAGACGUGGCUCCUGCAGACCUGCAAAACCUACGCUGUGCCCUGUCCCAGCCACUUUGCCCCUAUGAGCCCGGACUUCACGGUCUUCAUGAUCAAGUACCUCAUGACCAUGAUUGUUGGGAUCACGACCGGCUUCUGGAUCUGGUCUGGCAAAACCCUUCAGUCCUGGCGACGCUUCUACCACAGACUCAGUACGGGCAGCAAAGGCGAGACGGCGGUAUGAGCCCCUGGCCCCUCCGCUGCAACAUGCUGAGAACGGGGAGCACUGGCUCCCUGAGCAGGGAGGAAGGGAGGCUUUGCCAAACUUUCUCUUCCUCCCAGAGAGCCUGAAAAAGAAAAAUAUCCUUGCUUAAAGGAUCAGACAGACUGUGUCCAGUGGUGCUUCUGCAAAAGAGGCCACUUGGUGGGAUUGGAGAGCCCUUCACUCACAAGAAGUCCCCUCGCCCGUCUCUCCCGCUACCCCUGUGCAGGAACAAAACCCGGCCCAGCUAAGCCCAUCCUGCCUGGCUGUGGCUGAGGGGGGGAAGGCAGCUCUGAGCAGCAGCCAGACGCUGUGCAUGGCGGGGUGACCCCGGCUCGGCGGAGCGACCCGUGAGUACCGCAGAGCGGGUCCUGUCCCCUCGGCUCACGGGGUCCUUUGUACCUCAGCCCUGUACCUGUCUGCAUUGGUUUUAGGGGGAGAAUUUUGUUGCUGCUGCUGUAGGGAAGGAGGAGGGGGGUUGCUAUUCCACACCCUGAAAAGAAAUGACUUGUUGCUUUUCAGCAGAAGGCUUUUCCCCCUUGCCUUUGUUCUAGGAGACAAAGGGGGAAACAAAAGUGUUUUCUAUGUAGAAAGGCAUAAGCAUGGGAUCGGUUUUUAUGGGCAAACUAACAAAAAGAAGUCGUUGAGGUUCACCCUUGGAUGUGAGGAGCUCGCAGAAAUAAACAUUCCUUUUAUGAGAAAAGGAGAAGGCAGGAUGUUUCCCCACCAUUCCGUACGGGUUGCUUUUCUAAGCUGAAGGAAACACAAGACUUGGAGGGCAAGAACCCAGAGCACCUGCCAAAACAAGAGCCAUUAAAAUAUGUAAGGAUACGAUUUAUUUUUCCCAAUAAACGUGCUUUGUGCCCCGCUUUGCAGUGCGCUGGCUGCAGGUGAGGACAGGAGGAACGUUUGGCUCACCAUGGCCCCUUUGUCCCUUCCCGGGGCAAGAGGGGCCAGGGUUUGGGGUUCAAACCAGCAGGAGCCCCCUCAUUGCAGCUCAGCCAGAGCUGAGGAACAUCCCACUGAGCACGUCUGGCAGGGACGGUCCGAAAUUCCAUCAUCAAACGCAUCGUUUUCUUUUUAAAAUGUGACGGAUUUUUCUGUUCUGAAAUUUUUAUGUUGACUUGUUCAUAUUUUAUUUUUUUUUUUUGCAUACUACUUUAUAUUCACUGAAGGCUUGUUUUUAUAAGUGUGUGUGUGUGAUUUCAGCCUCACAGGGCUUGAGGGUUUUGUCUUUUCAUAAUGUGCACGUGGAACAAAAAAAAAAUAAAAACCCACAAACGUGUAAGACAAGUGCAGUAUGUAUAUUUUGUAAAUCUUGUUUUUGUAAGAAAAUAUGUAUUUAUGUUUUUACUUGAUUGGUUUGAAGGUCUGUAUGAGGCCCUGCUUCAUCCCAUGCACAGAUCACUAAAUAAAUAAUUUUUAAUACAA